AUGCGCAGGCUGCUGUCCUGUCCGCGCAUGCGCAAGCUAUUGUCCAUGCAGUCUGCUGUCCGUGCAUGGGCAGUCUGUCGUCCCUGCGUAAACAGCAGUAAUCUUGGGAAAUGCUUGAGGAAAACGGCCACUGAAAAUGACCACAUAGAAAGCUGUGGGGAGGAGGGCUCUGGAGGACCAAUUUCAUCAAAGGAAGCUCAGCCUUAUUCAGUAACAAAUGGAACCUUCAGUCCAACAGUGGUGCCUUCAGGAAAGAAAGUCUGCGAUGAAGCAGCUCCACCAACAUCACCAGCUGCCAAGGAGGCCCCAGAAGGUGGCACCUUGAACAGGCCAGUUGAGAAGGGCAGAGGCCUGCGCCAGGUGGUCCUCCCUCAUGAUUUGUGCGAUAAAUUCCUCACUGCAGCAGGAAUGAACACCAAGAAAAAAAUAGAGACAUGUGGUGUUCUAUGUGGAGCCCUGGUUGGGGAGGAGUAUCACAUCAGCCAUAUCCUCAUUCCUGUCCAGGAAGGAGGCCCAGAUUAUUGCUGUGCAAAGCAUGAGGAGGAUCUCUUCUUUAUUCAAGAAGGACUGGGACUUAUUACAUUAGGAUGGAUACAUACCCAUCCAACCCAGACAGCCUUUUUGUCAAGUGUAGAUCUACACACACAUUUUGCAUACCAAACGAUGCUCCCUGAAUCCAUAGCUGUGGUGUGUGCUCCCAAGUAUAAACAAAUUGGAAUUUUCACCCUGACACCUACUGGACUACAAGAAAUAUCCGAUUGUCCACGGAGAGGGUUUCAUGCCCACAGACAGGACACAGCUCUCUUCUGUGUAUGUAUCUUUGUACAAGACUGCAGUCAUGUCAACACCCGGAACAUCAUGGUGACUGUCACAGAUUUGAGAUGA